AGCUGUGGAGAGAUUGCUGUCCGUUAGCAGCAUCCUGUGUGUAGCGCAACAUGGAGCGGAUUUAUUAUAUUGUAGUGGCGUUACUCGUAUAUUCGGCAGUACUGACGGAGGCCUCUUCCCUGAAAGAACGUCUGCGGCAAAUCCGAGAUGCUGGUUGCAGUGAACCUGGCCAGAUCAUCUGCACUGACAACUGUUCCAAGGUGUCGGUGUGCCUGGGGGAUGGCUCGAGCGGCACGGACGGCUUCACGACCAUGCCUGUGGAGAUCUGCAGCAGUGGCACCAGGUGUAGCGCGUCCAACAUGACGUGCGUCGCGCCGUCACAGUCUGACUGCCACACGCUGGACAGCGGCUUCACGUGCCACGCCACCGGAUACCUCCCAGACCCGUACAACUGCACCGUCUACCACUUGUGCCUCUACGUCAACCGGCCUCCCUUCCUCACUGGCAGCUGCACUGGGGGCUGGGCGUACGACCCUCUCACCACUGACUGCAGCCUGACGCAGCUGGACCGCGUCUGCACCGAGGGCCCCGUGCCGGCCUGCGAGACGGUGGGCCAGAACGGCGCCAUCCCGGAGAACCAGCACAUCUACUACGUCUGCGUCAACACGGACGGCACCCUCAGGCCCAUCCUGUACAAGUGCGAGCACGGCCAGAUCUGGAGCGACGCCAGUGACGAGUGUAUCGACAGUGCUCUCUUCAAGGAAAUCUAGAGACGGCAAGGAUGUAUACGCGGCAUUGAGGAGGUGAUACUCAACAAGUUUCGUCGCUUCCCUCGAACUACAGCGCCUUCACUCAUGAAUAAUUGCCCGUAGUGUGUAAUUUAAUCAUUUACGGAAUCGUAUGGAGUGCACCUGCUAUGUUGAAUAAGCAACUAAUAUAACAAAAAAGGCAGAACGACAAACAACGACUCAUUAACGAUAGAGAGCACUGACCAAAUGAUUUCGACUCUGCGGAUUUAUGAAAAGCAUACUCUAGUUCCAAAUUAUUUUCGAAUAAACUGGAUUUGGAAAUGUAA